AUGUCUAAAACAAACUCUGAAAAAGCUAUAACUCCUGAUACAAGAUUUAGAAAAUUUAAUUUUACUUUAUAUGAAAGACUUGAAACCUUUCAUGAUCAUAUUGAAAAAAUAUUCAAUACAAAAUCUUGUAUAUUUAAAAUUUUACAAUUUCAAUUUGAACCAAAUCAUAAUUCUUCAGAACCUGGAAGAUAUCAUGCUCAGGGUUAUGCAAGAUUAAGAGAAGGAAAACAGAGUCGUGCUAAUAGAACAGAAGAAGAAUGUUUAGCUUAUAUAUCAAAAGAUUAUGAAAGAUGUAAACUUCUAGAACAUAACCCUAAUCCUAAAAAAGGAUUAAAAUACAGAUGCGAUUUUAAAGAUCUUUCAAAAAUUUGCAUCUAUUGCAAUGAAAAUUGUGAAAGACAUUUUGCACGUAUUACUAAAGAUUCAACUGCAGGGCUAUUUUUAUUUAUUUAUGAUAAAGCUAAAUUUGAUAAUGAUGAAGAAGAAAAGUCAAAUUUUUAUAAAGAAGCAAUUGAUAAAGUUUUGAAAGGAGAAGAUGUUGAUAAUGUUAUAGUUGAAUUAGCACCAAAUUGUGAAAGAUGGGGAAAUACAACAAUAGGUUUACAUGAUAUUGCAAAGUCACAAAAGAAAAAAAUUAUAAAUCCUCUUAGAAAUAUUAAACGAUACUGGGAGCUAUGUGUUUUUUAUGUUUAUGGAGAUAAUGGAACUGGUAAAAGUGAUUUUUUUUCACAAUUAUUUCCUGGAUGUUAUGAGAGAGAUGAUAUGAAACAAUGGGAAUUUUAUAAUAAUGAUGAGUUUGAUUAUGAUCGAGAUAUAGCAAUUUUAAUAGAUGAUUUUUAUGGUGGAAUGUCUUGGACAAAUUUAUUAAAGCUAACAGAUAGAAAACAUUGUCGAUUUGAUGUUAAGUAUGAUAAAACACAAAUU